UAAGGAAACCCAAUAAUUCUCUCAGUUAAAAAUUGAAGAGGUCAGCGUGGGGACUAUGGCUUCUCAUACUUUGAGUUUGCCAACAGCGCAUAUUCCUUCCAAUAGGCUAAUUCAGAAGCUUGGUUCUAUCUUUGAUGCCAGGGCGUUGUUGUGGCCGUCACGUGUUCACACAAAACCCAGAAGAAUUUCUACCUCAAUCCGGGUAAUGGGGUCCUCUGCUUCUUCUUCCCAGUCCCAGCAAGCAGAUAGCAUUGAAUUUGAAGCAGGAGAAGGUAAUGUUGAUUACAAAUCCUUAAGCAAUGAAGAGUGGAAGAAGCGGCUAACAAGUGAACAAUUCUAUAUUACUCGUCAAAAGGGGACUGAGAGAGCUUUCACAGGGGAGUACUCGAAUACCAAAACUUCAGGAACUUACAAUUGCAUAUGUUGUGACACACCUUUAUUUGAAUCAUCUACUAAGUUCAAUAGUGGAACUGGCUGGCCAUCCUAUUACCAGCCAAUUGGGAACAAUGUGAAGUCAAAGUUAGAUUUGUCAAUUAUAUUCAUGCCUCGCCAGGAAGUUCUUUGUGAUGUUUGUGAUGCUCAUUUGGGACAUGUGUUUGAUGAUGGUCCUCCACCCACAGGAAAGCGUUACUGUAUCAACAGUGCUGCCCUUAAGCUCAAACCAGAGCAAUAAAUAGGAACUUUAAGUCAGAAGGAGAUGGUGUAACAUAAGGGAUGGUGAGAAGCUUGUAAAUGAUCAGCAUGUCAUAUACUUUGCCCUGUUUUUCAUACUUACGGAGAAAAUUGUCUUGUACUGGUAGUGUAUCCAAACGCUAAUAAAAUGUCCAGAAGCAUAUGAUAACUAUGGUGAAAAUUCGGCUUUGUUUGAUUG